AUGGCUUUAACUCCAUACGAGUAUGAUUUCCUUCACCAGCAUACUUGUGAAGACUACAUCAUCUCACAAUCUCAUGAUAUUUCUCCUCGUUUCAUCAAUGUUGAAUUAACCAACUCUACAAUACAUGAAUCCGUUGUGGAACACGAUUACGAUGAUGACAUUUUGAUGGGAAGAGCUUUGGGUGAAUCAACAUCAAAGUUUGAAAGCAGUAACUAUGGUACGGUUCCGGCUAAAGAGCCAUUGGUUAAGGAGAUGGUCAAGAUGGUCAAAGUAGAAGUUGGAAAUGAAGAAGAUUGCAUGAUAUGUUUGGAGGAGCUGGAGGUUGGGUUUUAUGCUUUUUGGAUGCCUUAUUCUCAUACUUUUCAUUGCGAUUGCAUCGAGAAGUGGCUGAAGCAGAGCCAUUAUUGUCCUACUUGUCGGCUCGAGAUGCCAAAGGAUUAG